CCGGCCCGGGGCGCCAGCUGCGGUGGGCGGGCCCUGGAGUGCGGCCUGAGCCGGCGGGGCCCACUAGGCUCGGAUGCCCUGAGGCGGCGGGUGAGACUGAGGACCAAAGAGGGAACGCAGUCUCUCCAAAGUCACAGAAUAAUUGAUAAAGCUGGAAAGACUCCAAACCUGUUACUGCAGAGACCAGGAAAGAUUGUAAGAUCCUUGAAAAUUAUCUUGUUGGGGGGAAAUGCCUAAAGUAAAAAGAAGCCGGAAAGCCCCCCCAGAUGGCUGGGAGUUGAUUGAGCCAACAUUGGAUGAAUUAGAUCAGAAGAUGAGAGAAGCUGAAACAGAGCCUCAUGAAGGAAAGAGGAAAGUGGAAUCCCUCUGGCCCAUCUUUAGAAUCCACCACCAAAAAACCCGCUAUAUCUUUGACCUCUUUUACAAGCGGAAAGCCAUAAGCAGAGAACUCUAUGAAUACUGUAUUAAAGAAGGCUAUGCGGACAAGAACCUGAUUGCAAAGUGGAAAAAACAGGGCUAUGAGAAUUUGUGUUGCCUGCGCUGCAUUCAGACCCGGGACACUAAUUUUGGGACAAACUGCAUUUGCCGGGUUCCCAAAAGCAAGCUGGAAGUGGGCCGCAUCAUCGAGUGCACACACUGUGGCUGCCGUGGCUGCUCCGGCUGAGACCCCUGGCCCAGACCCCCUUCUCCAUCCUGGACUGUGGACCUCGCAGGUUCCUGCUGACUGUGCCCACUCCUUCCUAGGAUUGGCUAUUGUCAGAGCAGUUCCUCAGGCCCCAUUUGUGGGUGGCCUCUACAGGUGAAAGCGUUGGCAUUCACCAGCUGUGAUUUGUAAAAAUAAAACCUUUCCACCUCUUG